CUGUGAUGAUGAAGCUGUCAGUGUUGCUGCUGCUGGUCCUGCCGGCUCUGUCCUCAGCCAGUCCUCUGGACACGGGGGACAAUGCUGAACAGAGAAAUGUCUCCUUAAUGAAUUCAGAUCCAAAGGACAAACCUGAACUCAGAUCAGUGCAAACAGAUCUACCUCUUCUGAGUGUUGCUAAGUUAAGGCAGAAGAGGCAGAUUCCGUCUUCACCCUUUGUGUCUGGCGAUGGCUCAGACCUGCAGUGGGUGACCUGGAACAACUCUCUCCCAAAGUAUGCUGUUUCGAUCUUCAAUGGAUACGCCGAUCGCAUCGACUACGUCUGCAAAUACAGGUGUGAGGCUGGGUUUUAUACCCCCAGCAAGGGUCCCUACUGCCACUAUCCCAACAAAAACAAAGAAUAUGAUGGUUCACCCUUUGAGAUCCUGGUGAACCGAGACAACUUUGAGAUCCUGGAGUGGAAGGAGGAUUCGUACGGCUCGGUUCCCCAGAACUCGGUCAGGACCUGCUCCGGGGAGAACAUAUUCAUAGGGAAGAACAAAUAUGGACUUGGGAAAGUGUCUCCUCAAGACAAAGCCUUCUACCUGCCGUGGGAAGGUUAUGAAUAUUGGUACCAUUACUAUCAGGUCCUGACUAUUAACAAGGACAUAAUCAGCCAGCAGAUUUAUGAUGUUCAGUACAACGUCAAUGAGUCUAAACUCUUUUACUAUCCUCCAGAGGUCCUGCGACAAUCAGCCAUCAGUAACUACGAAUGUCGCCCAGUGCUGAAAAUAGAUUCCCUCUCAAAGACAUACCAGGUGGAGCAAAGCUGGGACGUCGCCGUUUCUAUCGGCGCAGGUGUUAAAACCAGCAUCACUGCCUCCCUCCCCCUCAUCGUGUCUGUGGGUAUCGAGUUCAGCACCGAAGUGACGCUCCAGUUCUCCUGGGGAAACACGGUGGCAGAGGCCACCACUGAUACUGUCACUGUGGAGCUCACUGCCCCGCCAAACCACCUGUGCGUGGUUAAAACGGUGCAGUAUAAGUACAAAGUUGACAUCCCGUUCACUGCACGUCUCAGCCGCACCUACGGUAACGGGGAGAUCCACACGAUGUCCAUCAGCGGGACGUACGACUGCGUUCAGGUCGGGGAAGUCCGGGCUGUGGUGGACAGAUGUGAAACUCUGAACAACUCCACGCCUUGCACGUGAGAGCAGAGCGUGAGAGGCAGCAGGGGGCAGCAGCACACCGUGACAUGAGUUUUCUAUUCUCCUCACUGUGUGUGUGUGUGUGUGUACAUACACCUCAGAGUGUGUGUAUUUUUAUAUCUUCCUCUGUUUUAUUGUG